GUGAAAAGAGAAACAGACAGAGAGAAAGAGCACUUGAGAGAGACUUAGAGAGCUCAUCAACCAAUCAAUGAGCUCCCUCCUUCCUCGCUCUUCUUUCUGAUUGGCUGCUGCCCCUGUAGCCAGUCCCCUCCCCCUCUGUGUUACUGCAGCUCAGUCUAUUCUAUCUCUCUCUCUUUCUCUCUCUCUUUCUCUCUCUCUCUCUCUCUCUCUCUCUCUCUGUCUGUCUGUCUGUUGCCGUAGCGAUCUCUUCUCUCUCCCCCGGACCCCGCAGCAUAACCCCCUGCACGGAUAGACCUGGCCUUUAUCGUUAUAAAGAUGAAUCCACCCUGGAAUAUCCAGAGAUGCUAUUAUCCCCACCACGACCCGGCAACACAGACAAUGAGUUCCCAGUCCUGAAGUGAACCCGUCCUCUGUCCUGAGGUGAAUCGGUCCUCUGUCCUGAGGUGAACCCGUCCUCUGUCCUGAGGUGAAUCAGUCCUCUGUCCUGAGGUGAAUCAGUCCAGAGUUACUGCAGUCCUGAGGUGAAUCGGUCCUCUGUCCUGAGGUGAAUCAGUCCUCAGUCCUGAGGUGAAUCAGUCCAGAGUUACUGCAGUCCUGAGGUGAAUCAGUCCUCUGUCCUGAGGUGAAUCCGUCCUCUGUCCUGAGGUGAAUCAGUCCUCUGUCCUGAGGUGAAUCAGUCCUCUGUCCUGAGGUGAAUCAGUCCUCUGUCCUGAGGUGAAUCCGUCCUCUGUCCUGAGGUGAAUCAGUCCUCUGUCCUGAGGUGAACCCGUCCUCAGUCCUGAGGUGAAUCAGUCCUCUGUCCUGAGGUGAAUCCGUCCUCAGUCCUGAGGUGAAUCAGUCCUCAGUCCUGAGGUGAAUCAGUCCUCUGUCCUGAGGUGAAUCAGUCCUCUGUCCUGAGGUGAAUCAGUCCUCUGUCCUGAGGUGAAUCCGUCCUCUGUCCUGAGGUGAAUCAGUCCUCUGUCCUGAGGUGAAUCAGUCCUCAGUCCUGAGGUGAACCCGUCCAGAGUUACUGCAGUCCUGAGAAACGAAGAAGGUGUUUGUCUGCCAAUCCUGUCCCUCCUCCUGGCUGCAGGCUGUAGAAAGGGGUGUGGACUGUCCUGAUGGAGGGGGGACAGCCAUCACCUGACAGCAGUAGUGAAGAGUGUAAAGUACUGGAGGCUCUACCAGACAAGGGACUGGCCUGUCACACACACACUGGCAAGGUGACGGAGCUGUACUGUUCAGGGUGUGAGGUGUGUGUGUGUGAGGUGUGUGUGUCGGGGGAGCACGCGGACCAUCCCACGCUACCUUUAUUAGACUUUCUGGAGACACACAGAGACGGUCUGCAGGAGAGACUGACUGCUGCACAGAACAGGCUGCCUCAGAUCUCGGAGGCCCUGGUGUCUCUGAGAGAGAUCCUAAAGCAGCUGACCAAUCAGAGAGAUUUGAUCGAGGAGGACAUCCACGUCAGCUUUGAAGAGCUCCACAAGACCCUGGACGUCAGGAAGAGUGUCCUACUGAUGGAGCUAGAGGUCACCUACGGACUGAAACAGAAGGUUCUGCAGGCCCAGCUGGACACCCUGCUCCAGGGCCACAGGGGUAUCGCUGACACCUGUAGCCAGACAGAGGAGGCCCUGAGUGGAAAGGCCAGCGCUGCAAGCCUGCAGGCUGAGAGAGGCCUUGGGGAGAGGCUGGGGGAGCUGGCCAGCCAAGGGUUACCAUUCCAGGCUGAGGAGAAUGAUCAACUGGACUUAGUGAUGGAGGCAGAGGGGCUGAGGAAGUCGAUCCACAACCUAGGGACAAUUGUCACUACCAGCGCGGUGGCGAGCCAGAGUGAGGCGUCGGGUGUGGGACUGGAGCAGUGCAUCGUGGGUCUCCCAGCCUGUGUAACCAUAACGACCAGAGACAAGGCCGGGGGACACUGCAGGACAGGCAACGCCAUCCUGUCUGCUGAGGUGUGUACUCCAGAUGGCAGCGUGGCGGACGGGGAGAUACUCGACCACAAGAACGGGACAUAUGAUUUUGUUUACACUGUAAACAAGGAAGGGGAGUUCUCAUUGGCUCUCCGGCUCUAUGACCAGCACAUCAAAGGAAGUCCCUUCAGUCUCAGAGUUACCAGGUCCCCGGACCCUGAGGUGUCUCCUCCCACCACCACAGCCACCUCUCUGGCGGCCACCGCCACCCCGUCUACAGGCUCCUCUGAGGGGGCUAAGAGGAGAGGAAAGUCCCCUGGGUCCGGGAGUAAGAAGAAAGGGUCCAGGAGGACAGGCAGUGCCCUGGGGACACCCAGACGCAAAGAGAACCCCAUCGAAGAUGACCUCAUCUUCAGGAUCGGUACCAAGGGGAAGAAUAAAGGAGAGUUUACUAACCUGCAGGGUGUGUCGACGUCCUCCAAUGGCAGGAUUCUAAUAGCAGACAGCAAUAACCAGUGUGUUCAGAUCUUCUCUAAUGACGGCGAGUUUAAGAGUCGUUUCGGGGUGAGGGGCCGGUCGCCAGGGCAACUCCAACGACCAACGGGUGUGGCUGUUCACCCCAACGGUGACAUCAUCAUCGCCGACUACGACAACAAGUGGGUCAGCAUCUUCUCCAGCGAGGGCAAGUACAAGGCCAAGCUGGGCUCUGGUAGGCUGAUGGGACCGAAGGGCGUGUCCGUGGAUCAGAACGGUCACGUGAUCGUUGUGGACAACAAGGCAUGCACCGUCUUCAUCUUCCAGCCAACCGGCAAGCUCGUUACUAAGUUCGGUAGCCGCGGCAACGGAGACAAACAGUUCGCAGGUCCUCAUUUUGCAGCAGUCAACAACAACAAUGAGAUCAUAGUGACAGACUUUCACAACCACUCAGUCAAGGUGUUCACCCCAGAGGGAGAGCUGCUGUUGAAGUUUGGAUCUAAUGGAGAGGGCAACGGUCAGUUUAAUGCUCCUACAGGCGUGGCCGUCGAUGUGAACGGGAACAUCAUUGUAGCCGACUGGGGCAACAGCCGCAUACAGGUGUUUGACGGUAGUGGCUCCUUCCUGUCCUAUAUCAACACAUCAGCUGACCCUCUCUAUGGACCUCAGGGUCUGGCUCUCACCUCUGAUGGACACGUGGUGGUGGCCGACUCUGGGAACCACUGCUUCAAGGUCUACAGAUACCUACAGUAGUGGGAUGGAGGAACGGAGGGAGGGGUGGAGGAAUGCAGAGAUGAAUGGACAGAACUACUGUUCAAAGGUCUACAGAUACCUACAGUGAACUUAAACGAUGGCCAAUAAAAUCAGUUCCUCUCUCUGCUCUGACGACAUGUCACUCAUCUGCAAUACUAUUGGCCAGAGGAACAAAGCGAGAACAUCUAUUGGCCAACUUCAAAACAGACCUGGGACCUAACUCUUGACUCGCCAGACACGGCUCAAUAUGAAACCAACGUCAACCUGUUUAUCUGCUCUUAAACUCACGUACUGCUAUGGAUUCUACAAAAUAAUGAUAUAGAUUGUUCGAUUGAGGAUUGUCGUGUGCUAAAUCAAUAAGAAAUGUUCAAGAACGUGACUAUGGUUAUUCUAAUACUCCACAGGUACAGUAUAUCAAUGAUUCCAUCAAUCAAUCAAUUCAUUAUUGGCUGAUUGAUUUGAUGUAUUGAGUUAACAGGCAGCUUGCGACGUUACGCUUGGAUGAGGUAUAUAUUCAACCAUCUAUUUUUUUCCGGAAAAAAAUUAUGUUUUUGCGUCCCAAAUUUCUCCCUAUGGGCCUGGGUCAAAAGUAGUGCACUACAUAGGGAUUAGGGUGCUGUUUGGGACGUAUUGGCUCUGAUCAAAGGUAGUGCACUACAUAGGGAUUAGGGUGCUGUUUGGGACGUAUUGGGUCUGAUCAAAGGUAGUGCACUACAUAGGGAUUAGGGUGCUGUUUGGGAUAUAGACGCAGUCGCAAGAUAAAAUGGAAGAGUAUAUAUAUUUGUGAAAUUAUAUUUACUAUUAAUACCGAUCAAUAACCGUUUGCAAACCAAGAGUCAUCAGUGACGUUUUCAACCCCCUCAUUAGAAAAUACUAGACCGUAUGGCUCGAUUCAAUCCGUAUCGCUGAAGUUCAGCGCUGUAAUGAGAUUGUGAUUUCUGAUUGAGCCAACAUAUACAGC